UUUCUGAAGUGUAACACUGUACUCGAGGAAGAUUACAGGGGAGCACGCGAGUCAACGGAGGUUACACGAGGGGGCGGACAAAGAAUGCGAAAGGACUCGAAAGGUCGCAACUGGAGGUUGCGACUGACCGUUACAACAUCACGGAUGGGGAGCACGCGAGUCAACGGAGGUUACACGAGGGGGCGGACAAAGAAUGCGAAAGGACUCGAAAGGUCGCAACUGGAGGUUGCGACUGACCGUUACAACAUCACGGAUGCCAACCCGAACACGCCACCUUUAUUGCGCCUGCCUUCCAUUCCACCCAUCCCAUACAUUGCACGCCAUCGCUGGACAAGAGCUCAUAGAGUAUCUCACGGUAGUCCCUUCCUCUAGAUUUGCUCUGACCAGUACUGCUUUGCCCGCCAUGGCGGAAGCUACGCUUUCCUCCGCCUCCGCCAAGUUCGCAACGUUCGACGGGCUUCGCGGCACUGGCAAUGGCCGAUCCAGCCGUGUCGCGUCCGUUGCCCCGUCGGCAGCCACGUCGCCAUCUCUCGGUCGCGUUCAAGCUACCGCCACUCCCGUGCAGCCGCCGGCAGCGGCGCCGGCGAAGCGGAGCAAGGUGGAGAUCUACAAGGAGGAGAGCAACUACCUGCGCUACCCGCUCAUCGACGACCUCGCAAACGAACUCCCCAACGUCAGCGCCGCCUCGGAGCAGCUGAUCAAGUUCCACGGCAGCUACAUGCAGGACGACCGCGAGGCGCGGCAGGGGGGCGGCGGGCGCGCGUACCAAUUCAUGAUGCGCACGCGGCAGCCGGGCGGCAAGGUGGACAACCGCCUCUACCUCGUCAUGGACGACCUCGCCGACCAGUUCGGCUCCGGCACGCUCCGCCUCACCACCAGGCAGACCUUCCAGCUGCACGGCGUGCUGAAGGCGAAUCUAAAGGAGGUGUUUUCGACGGUGAUCCGCAACAUGGGGUCCACGCUCGGCGCGUGCGGCGACCUCAACCGCAACGUGCUGGCGCCCGAGGUGCCCUUCGUCGACCGCCCGGGGUACCGCUACGCGCAGGAAUACGCCGAUAAGAUCGCCGCGCUGCUCGCGCCGCAGUCCGGAGCCUACUAUGACGUGUGGCUCGACGGGGAGAAGGUGCUGUCAGCAGAGGAGCCAGCGGACGUGGUGGCGGCGCGCGCAGACAACCGGUUCGGGACGAACAUCGAGGGCAGCGCGGAGCCGAUCUACGGCACGCAGUACCUGCCGCGCAAGUUCAAGGUGGCCAUCACGGUGCCCGGCGACAACUCCGUGGACCUGCUGACCAACGACCUGGGGCUCGUCGUGCUGUGCGACGAGUCCACCGGCCAGCUGCACGGCUUCAACGUCCUCGUGGGCGGCGGCAUGGGGCGGUCGCACCGCAACGAGCAGACGGAGCCGCGGCUGGCGGAGCCUCUGGGGUUCGUGGCGGCGGAGGACGUGCUGUACGCCGUCAAGGCCAUCGUCGCCGCGCAGAGGGACUACGGCCGCCGGGACGACCGCAAACAGGCGCGGCUCAAGUACCUCAUCCGCGACUGGGGCAUUGACCGGUUCCGCACGGUGGUGGAGCAGUACUUGGGCAAGCCUUUCCAGCCCUUCCGCCCGCUGCCCGAGUGGCAGUCCAAGCCCUACGUAGGGUGGGGCGAGCAGGGCGACGGGCGGCUGUACUACGGGCUGCACAUCGAGAACGGGCGCAUCAAGGGCGAGGCGAAGAAGGCGCUGCGGGCAGUCAUUGAGAAGUACAACCUGCCCGUGCGCAUCUCCGCCAACCAGAACCUGCUGCUCUGCGACGUACGCAAGGCGUGGCGGCCGCGCAUCACCCAGGAGCUGGCUGCCGUGGGCAUCCUGGGCAAGCAGUACGUGGAUCCGCUGAACCUGACGGCCAUGGCGUGCCCCGCGCUGCCGCUCUGCGGGCUGGCAAUCACCGAGGCGGAGAGGGGGCUGCCCGCCGUGCUCAAGCGUAUCCGCGCCAUGCUCGACAAGGUGGGGUUGCGGCAGCAGCAGGCGCACUCGCUGGUGGUGCGCAUGACAGGGUGCCCCAACGGCUGCGCGCGGCCCUACGUGGCGGAGCUGGGCUUCGUGGGUGACGGUGCCAACACCUACCAGCUCUGGCUGGGCGGCACGCCGAACCAGACGAAGCUGGCACGGGUGUUUCUGGAGAAGGUGAAGGUGGGCGAGCUGGAGGCGGUGCUGGAGCCGCUCUUCGCCAUGUGGAAGGCGCACGGCGCCAAGGCCGAGUCCUUUGGGGACUUCACCAACCGUGUGGGCUUUGAGGCGAUGAAGGAGUUCAUGGCGGGGUACACAGCGCCGGUGGCGCGGCAGCGGGGCAUGGCGCGGCGCAUCACAGUGGACGAUGAGCUGUCCAACAAGCUGCAGGAGGUGGCCAGGCAGCGCGGCACCACCGUCGCCAAGCUCACCCGGGAGGCGCUGCUGCAAUACCUCGCAGAGCAAAAGGAGUAGGUGCUAGCUGUAUGCAGUUGAGUUAACAUAAAUCCAUCUGUGAUGUAUUCCCAUGUAUGCUUUCUUGGAGCCACUCUUCAGCACGACACAUCUCUAGGGACUGUUGUUGAGUCCGGGCCCUCAGAUUCGUUUUAGGCCACGCUGAUUGAUCAGUGUCAAUCUCAAAAAACACCCUGAAAAUUAGUUUUUGGUAGUGGUUGUCUUACUGGUUGGCCCUGGUUGUUUCGUUUUCAAGGUUGAUUCAUCA